CGGCGGUUUUAGAUCCAAAAUGGCCGCAGCUUCGGCGGAUGGAGCGUAGAGCGGAGCGUCACCCGAACUGAGGCCGACGAACAGCGCUCUGACCCCGGGCACGCAGACCACCGAGGACCGGCCCCCCGCACCAGCACCAGGACCGGACCGAACCGAACCGACACCAGUGUUUCCCGAAGACAGACCUUCAGCCGUGCGCAGACAUGGACACCACCACGUCCAUAAAGAUGACCACUCUGGCCAUCCAGAACCUGUUUGUUCUGGUGGAGGAGGAGAACCUGGCCGGGCUCAGGGCUCAUCUGGACCGAUACAAGGAGGUGGACGGACGCAGUGACAACGGUCAGACUCCUCUGAUGUUGGCGGCGGAGCAGGGCAGUCUGGAGAUCGUCCAGGAACUGAUCCGAAGAGGAGCCAACGUCAACCUGGACGAUGUGGACUGCUGGUCGGCUCUGAUCUCGGCGGCGAAGGAAGGACACCUGGACGUGGUGAGGGAACUGCUGGAGAACAGCGCCUACAUCGAGCACCGCGACAUGGGCGGGUGGACGGCUCUGACCUGGUCCUGUUACAAAGGACGAACUGAAGUCGCCAAACUCCUGCUGGAAGAAGGAGCCAACCCCAACACCACCGGACAGCAGUACAGCGUGUACCCGAUCAUUUGGGCGGCGGGUCGAGGACACUCGGAGAUCGUCAAACUGUUACUGGAUCACGGCGCCAAAGUCAACUGCUCCGACAAGUACGGCACCACUCCUCUGAUCUGGGCGGCGCGGAAAGGACACUACGACUGUGUGAUGCACCUGCUGGAGAACGGCGCCGACGUCGACCAGGAGGGGGCGAACUCGAUGACGGCGCUGAUCGUGGCGGUGCGCGGCGGCUACACGGAGGUGGUGAAGGAGCUCCUGAAGAGGAACCCCAACGUGAACAUGACGGACAAAGACGGGAACACGGCGCUGAUGAUCGCCGCCAAAGAAGGAUUCACCGAGAUCGUCCAGGACCUGCUGGAGGCCGGGACCUACGUGAACAUCCCAGACCGGAGUGGAGACACGGUGUUGAUCGGGGCGGUGAGAGGAGGACACGUGGAGAUCGUUCGGGCUCUGCUGCACAAAUACGCCGACAUCGACAUCAGAGGACAGGAGGGGAAGACGGCUCUGUACUGGGCGGUGGAGAAAGGAAACUCCACCAUGGUCCGAGACAUCCUGCAGUGUAACCCCGACACAGAGACAUACACCAAGGUCAGACCACAGGGGGCGCUACAGACAACUCUGAAGGUCAGAGGAGCAGUGGAGAAGGAUGGAGAGACGCCGCUGAUCAAAGCCACAAAGAUGAGGAACAUCGAGAUCGUGGAACUUCUGCUGGACAAAGGAGCCAAAGUCUCAGCUGUGGACAAGAGGGGGGACACGCCGCUGCACAUCGCGAUCCGCGGUCGGAGCAGACGAUUGGCCGAGCUGCUGCUGAGGAACCCGAAAGACGGACGCCUCCUGUACCGACCCAACAAGAGCGGAGAGACGCCCUACAACAUCGACUGCAACCACCAGAAGAGCAUCCUCACGCAGAUCUUUGGAGCACGACACCUGUCCCCGUCGGACUCGGGGGGGGACAUGUUGGGGUAUGAUCUGUAUUCUUCGGCUCUGGCAGAUAUUCUGAGUGAACCAACGAUGCAGCCGCCCAUCUGUGUGGGACUGUACGCCCAGUGGGGCUCGGGCAAGUCCUUCCUGCUCAAGAAACUCGAGGAUGAGAUGAAGACGUUCGCGGGGCAGCAGGUGCAGCCUCUGUUCCGGUUCUCGUGGUUGGUCCUGGUUCUGACCCUGGUCCUGUGUGGGUCCGUGGGUCUGGUUCUGGGCUUCACCGUGGAUCCUCGUUUGGCUCUGGCCGUGGCUCUGAGUCUGCUCGCUCUGCUCUACCUCUUCUUUGUGGUGGUGUACUUUGGCGGGCGCAGAGAGGGCGAGUCGUGGACGUGGGCGUGGCUCCUCAGUACGGCUCUGGCUCGUCACCUUGGAUACCUGGAGCUGCUGCUGAAGCUCAUGUUUGUGAAUCCUCCAGAGCUUCCAGAGCAGAGCACCAGAGCUCUGCCCGUCAGGUUCCUGUUCACAGACUACAGUCGUCUGUCUUCAGUCGGAGGAGAAACGUCGAUGGCGGAGAUGAUCUCCACUCUGUCCGACGCCUGCGAGCGAGAGUUUGGAUUCAUCGCCACCAGACUGUACCGAGUGUUCAAGACCGAGGAGAACCAGGGGAAGAGGAAGUGGAAGCGUUCCUGCUGCGUUCCUUCGGUUCUCCUCUUCUCGAUGGUGCUCCUCUGCGUUCUGGGAGGACUCAGUCUUCUGGCCUUCCUCAGGGCCGAGUCCGGAUCCAAGUCUGGUCCCGGUCUGGAGGGAUCUGAGGAGGACUAUAACGACGCGGUCAGGGCGGUUCUGGUGGGCCUGGCUUCGGUCAUCGCGUUGCCUCUUCUGCUUCACUGUAAAACCUGGUUCCACAUGAUCCACUCUCUGCUCCACUCCCAGCGCAGCCGCCUCCACAGCGCCACCACCAGGCUGCACAAGCUCAAGAGCGAGGGCUUCAUGAAGGUGCUGAAGACGGAGGUGGAGCUCAUGGCUAAAAUGGCUCGGACCAUCGACAGUUUCACGCAGCACCAGACCAGACUCGUGGUCGUCAUCGACGGUUUGGACUCGUGCGAACAGGACAAGGUUCUGCACAUGCUCGACACGGUGCGCGUCUUGUUCUCCAAAGGUCCGUUCAUCUCGAUCUUUGCGUCGGACCCUCACAUCAUCAUAAAGGCCAUAAAUCAGUCCCUGAGCAGCGUCCUGCGAGACUCCAACAUCAACGGACACGACUACAUGAGGAACGCCGUGCACCUGCCCGUCUUCCUGCACAGCCGCGGCCUCUGCCCCGCCCGCCGACAGGCCCAAGCCCCGCCCCCGCCGCCCGCCAACGGGGAGGCGGAGCCGGCCAGCCAGCGCCAGACGCUCUCCGAAGCCGGUUGGCACGAGGAGCUCGACCGGAAACUCUCUCAGACCAGUUUGGCAGAUCUCAAGUUUGGAAGCAAAACCACCCUGAACCGACGGGACACGUCUCGGCGCAGACAGAGGUCCGUCACUCGUCAGAUGUCUCUGGAUUUGACCAAACUGAUGUUGGCUGAAGACUGGUUCAACGACAUCAGCCCCCAGAGCAUGAGACGCCUCCUGAACAUCGUGUCUCUGACGGGACGACUGCUGAGGGCCAAUCAGAUCAGUUUCCAGUGGGAUCGUUUGGCGUCGUGGAUUUCUCUGACGGAGCAGUGGCCCUACAGAAGCUCCUGGAUCCUCCUGCACCUGGAGGAGAGCACAGACAUCCACGACCAGGCCUCCCUCAGAGCCAUCUACGAGAGGGUGUGUAAGCUGAUCCCCUCGUCCAAAGACGUGGAGCCUCUGUUGGAGAUCGACGCAGACGUUCGUAGUUUUGAGGUUUUCCUGUCGUCUCGUCAGCCGCCGCUCACCGCCAGAGACGUCCGCACCUUCCUCCCCUGCACCAUCAACCUGGACCCCAAACUGCGCGAGAUCAUCUCAGACGUGCGUGCGGCGAGGGAGCAGGUGGCGGUCUCUGGUCCGACCUUCGCCCCGAUGGACCCCAGACCCACGUCCAUCUACAGCCAAGUGUCUCUGUCGCCCUCGGCCUCGUACAGCGGCAUCACCGGAGCCCAGCACCCGUACUACAACCGGCCGUAUUUCCCUCCUCAUCACCUUUACGCUCUGCCACGCCCCCUCAUGGCCACGCCCUUCACCUGCCCGCCCCCGCCCGCCCCUCCGAACUUCUACCCACGACCGGGCCCGAGCUGGGACGCCGUCUCAUCUUUGAAACGUAAACAGGGCCCCGGCUCCGUGUUGGCCCCGCCCCUCCUGCUCAGCGCCAUGACGACGGAGGCGGUUUGUGAGCGCGUGCAGACGAUGGCCGGACUCGACGCCAACAUGCUCCCCCAGUACAGCGCCACCAUGAGGAAGGCGAACAUAAACGGUCGGGUUUUGUCUCAGUGUAACAUCGAUGAACUGAAGAAAGAAAUGAACAUGAACUUUGGAGACUGGCAACUGUUCAGAGCCGCGGUUCUGGACAUGCGUCGCGCCGAGGGCCUGCGGGACGACGUGGGCAGUGAAGCAGGAAGUGUUGCCGUGGAAUCGGUGCGUUUGGCUCCGCCCCUCGCCAGGUCGGAGUUCGGCUUCAACCUGAGCUUCGACGAACUCAGCAACAUGGGCCUGGAGGAACAACGCCCCCGCUGGACCGGCACGGGUCCUCCAGACUCUCCAGAAUCAGGAGACAUUUGGCGCCUGACGGACCGACAACAGGCCGAGUACCGGACCGCGUACCAGGACUACAUCACCCACAUGUCCAGCCUAGAACAAGACCCCGACCGGAACCAGGACCAGACCCGAGACCGGACCGAGUCGGACCGCGCUGAACCGGACCGCAGAGUCCUGAAGAGGAACUCCAUCAAACUCCCAGAAGAGGGCGACGUUCUUCACCCCAUCAGAGAAGACCACGAGGAGGAGGAGCCCGGAACCAGCGCCAAAGUCCAGAUCAAAGUCCAGGCCAAAGUCCAGACCAGAGACCAGACCAGAGACCGACCCAGGAGCGGACAGUACCAGAAACUCAGCGAUGAAGACUCCGAGGCCCUGGACAAGAAGGACUCCUCGGACUCUGGAGUCAGGUCCAAUGAAAGUUCUCCAAACCACUCGCUCCAGGAGGAGGAGCCGAGUCGAGCCAAACCGCUCCAGGACGGACGCAUGUCGAUCUGCUCCGACCAGGGCAGCGUGGGGACUCACGUUUGGGAGGAGGAAACUGAAACCUUCAACAACCUGAACAAAGCCAAGACCCACCAGACCAACCAGAGCCUCAACAACAACAGCCCGGGUCCAGAUCAAGACCGGACCCAAGACCGCACCCAAGACCAGACCCAGACCCAGGCCCAGACCCAGGUCCAGACCCAGAACGAGAACGUGAGGGUCCUGCAGCUGAAGAGAGGACUGAGGCCCGGAGAACCUCCUGAGGUCACCACCGUCUGCUUCAGCUCAGAGAGAGAGAGCAUCCUGUAGACCAGGACCAGGACUAAGACCAGGACUAAGACCAGGACCAGACCAGGACCAGACCAGGACCAGGACCAGACCAGGACCAGACCAGGACCAGGACUAAGACCAGGACCAGGACUAAGAUGAAGAUCAGACGAGCAUUAGGACAAGGACUAGACCAGGAAUAGAAUAGGACCAGGAUCAGGAUCAAGACCGGGACCAGAACCAGGAUGAGGAUCAGACCAGCACCAGGACAAGACUAGGACAAGAUCAGGACUACUAGAUCAGGACCAGGACUAAGACCAAGACUAGACCAGGACCAGGACUAGAUCAGAGCAGAUCAGGACCAAGAUGAGGAUCAUACAAGUACCAGGACAAGGACUAGACCAGGACCAGACCAGGACUAGAUCAGGACCAGGACCAGAACCAAGAUGAGGAUCAGACGAGCACUAGGACAAGGACUAGACCAGGAUCAGGAGUCAGGACUAGGACCAGGAGUAGACUAGUUCCAGGAUCAGACCAGGACCUGGACCAGACCAGGACCAGGGUCAGGAUCAAGACCGGGACCAGGAGUGAGGACUAGGACCAGACCAGGAACAGGAUCAGACCAGCACCAGGACAAGACUAGGACAAGAUCAGGACUACUAGAUCGGGACCAGGACUAUAACAGGACCAGGACCAGGACCAGAGCAGAUGAGCUGCUCGUUCUGAUUUGUUCCAGGAGGAGGAGGAGCUGAAGGUUCAGUUCUUCUUCAGGAGGAGGUGGAUCCUCAGUGAAUCCAGAAUCACUCAAGACGUUUGAAAUCUUUGUCUUUUUGUGUCUCGAAUCUAAAACUUCAGUCUCAGGUCUGGAUUCUAAAAAAGUCCUGUUGAAGGACACUCGUCACGGACGUCCUUCAGCUCCUCACGCUGAAGAAUGUUCUGAUUUGGUCUAAAACUGAUGCCAGAAAAAAGUCCAAACUCUGGAGGAAAAAUCUAAACCUCCUGAAGUCCUGCUCCUGGAGCCACAGAAAAUCUCCUGAAAUUUGACUAAACCUUUGUGUUUGUGUGGAGCAUGUUCAGUCCAGUGUGAGACGAGACCAGAGACGAGACGAGACGAGAGAAACACCAGGAGGAAGAUCUGGAGUCACUUUUGUGUCAUGAAUCUUCAUAAACUCAGUUUGUCACAAUCAGUCGUUGGUUUGUUUUUGUGUUUGACACAAAUACAAAUGUAAUAUUUGUCUCUUGUAUUUUGUUUUGUACAAACAAAUGUGGAUUUGAAAAUUUAUAUUUUUUCAUUUGCAAAAAAACAGAAAAUUGUGUUUGUAAAAUGUGAUUGACAGUUUUUCCUCUGUGAUGUUUUUUUUGAGACACUAGGGGGCAGCACUGGUGCAGACUUCACCCUAUUACACUGAGGUUUUAAAACAUGUGUGAAUAUUUGAAUAACACGUCACAGUUACUCAUCAAAAACAACAAAUCCACAUCUGUUUGUACAAAACUAAAUACAAGAGACAAAUAUUUCAUUUAUAUUUGUGGAUCAAACAUAAAAACAAACCAACGACUGAUUGUGACAAACUCUGAGUUUAUGAAGAUUCAUGACACAAAAAUGACUCCAGAUCUUCCUCCUCUUCUUCCUCCUCCUGGUGUUUCAUCUGUGGGAGCGACUCAGACUGAAGUGACUCCACAGAAAGAAAUGAGAGAAACAAACUGACACAAACAACACAAGUUUACUCCAAUACAAAUAAUACAACUGUGUACAACAGUAUCUAUAUAAAUACAGAUACAGUUGUAGUUGUAGUUGUAGUUGUAGUUGCAGUUGUAGUUGUAGUUGUAGUUGUAGUUGCAGUUGCAGUUGUAGUUGUAGUUGUAGUUGUAGUUGUAGUUGUAGUUGUAGUUGUAGUUGCAGUUGUAGUUGUAUAUAUUUGUGUCAGAUCAGAAUCUGGAGCCUGUGGAGGUUUUUUUUUAAGGAAAUGAGAUGAGUCACAGAGACAGAAAAACAUCACAAACACACAAACACACACUAUACACACACACACACACACACUAUACACACACACAAACAUCACACUGUUUAGGAUGAAGGAAGAUGAAGAGUCUGAUGAAACAACAACAGGAAAAAACAGAAAAACACACAAAUCUGAACAAACAUCUGACACACACAACACACACACACAAACACACACACAACACACAUACACACACACCACACAGACACACACACGAGGUCAGGUGCCGUCAGGUGCCGUCAGGUGUCGUCAGGUGUCGUAUGUUGUGUUGUUCUGAAUCGUCCGACUGAUGUUCAGCGACGUUAAAGUCGCCUCAGUUUGUAACUGAGAAAUGAUUUACAUGAAAAAACAAAAUGAAAAAACCUGAUCAGUCGUUUUUAAAACUCGUCACAACAGAAACAUCAAAGAUUCAUUUAGACAAAACAAACACUUUAUUAUUGUCAGUGAAUCAAACCCUCACCUCGUUCUCGCUGGAGUCUCGUGUCUCGAGUCUCGUCUCGUCUCGUCGUCGUUUACGUGACGAUUGUGAAAAUUUUCUGAAGUAGUUUUGAUGUUGUAACUUUUAUUGUUGAUUAUUGUGAUUUUUGGGGAUGGGACCAAACGUCUUGUGGUUCCAAAAAACUAAACUAAACAAAAAAAUACUGUUCUAGAACAACAACAAAAAUAUUCAAUCAAAUAAAAGUGUGAGAUUCAAAUUGGAAUCUGAAUUAAAAUUUGAGUAAUUCUGUAAAAAUCUCGUCUUUUUCCAUCCCCAGGAACUUUAGAAUCUGUGAAUGUAACGACUCGUUCAGUAUUUAUCAUGUUUUUAUUUAUUUUCCGUGUUCUGUUUUACACCAACUCUUUUCCUCAAAUCGAUACAAUUACAGCAAACAUUUCAAAGUUAUUUUUAUAAUUUUUAAAACAGAUAUUUAAAUGUUUUAUGUUCUUUACAGCAUUGAUCACUGAAGUUUUUAUUAUUUAUUUAUUUUUCUUUUCUUCAGAUUUUUAAAAGUUUGCAUCACAUUUCCUCUCGUGGACGUUUAAAGUGUUAAAGUGGUUAAAGUGUUGACAGUAUUUGGGUUCCGUCCUUGCGCCCUCUGCUGGACGCGGGCGGAACUGCUCCGUGUUCUUAAAUGUUCUAAAUAAACUCGUGCUCGUGA